CUAAAUUAUGAGAAAUGUAAUGAACAAUCAUAGUGUUACUUUAGUGGGUGGGUUGUUGCCAACAGAACUUUCGGCAGUAUAUACUCUACAUUUUGUGUCUUGCUUCAUUUUACCACCUAAUAACUAACUUCCCACUUGUUCCCCCUUCCCAUAAUGUCUUCUAAUAAAUACAUUCAUCAUUAUAUGCCCAUUAGAAUUUCCAUUGUAGAAUUAUUUGCACGUAAAUAUUUACUAGUAUUAAAACUCUUAGUUAGUGGACUGCAGCAAACAUCAACAAAAGAAUUAGAGUAAAGGCUGCCGUGCUGACGAAACAGUGCCAUGGCUGACACUAAAACUCUCUUGCUCUCUGUACUCCAUGCAUGAUACUAAUAUAUUAAAGAAAAAAAAAAAGUAGUCUAGUACUAUUUUACUAUGUUAAUACAACUCAUAUAUAAAACUAGAGUGGCUCCAAGUUCUUGAUUCGCACUUUCCUGAUAGAGCGAUAGACUUGAACCUUUUUCUUUUGGAUUCUAAAAUUGAUCGGGUUCAAGUUCCAGACAACAAUGUCAUCCUCUGUGAUUGUCUUUUUGGUACUAUCUAUGCUGCUAAGCACAGGUGCCUGUGUCAACUUCACCGAUGUUUUCGAGUCCAGUUGGGCACCUGAUCAUAUUGCUGUUGUAGGAGACCAAGUUACUCUCACCCUGGACAAUACUUCUGGUAAGGCUUCAUUCAUGCACUUUCAUGUCUUAUAUUAUUGCCUAUUCAAGGCAAUAUAAUUACAUAACCAUUUGAUUAAUUAUGUUCAUAUUCACAAAGGCUGCGGAUUUGAGUCGAAGAUCAAGUACUUAUUUGGGAAAGCCAGUGCACAGAUCAAACUAGUUGCUUUUUAUGUACAUUCAUCAAGGCCAAUAUAUUGUUUCUUCAAACUAUAACUACUGGUCUAAUGCUACUAAUUACUGGAAAUAUGUGGUUUGUAGAUGUCAUCAGAGGGUGCUAAUCACGACGAACUGGACUUUGAGUUUCUUGGAAAUGUUUCAGGAGAACCAUACCUAGUACAAACAAACGUGUACGUGAAUGGCACCGGAGAUCGAGAGCAGAGGCACAGUCUGUGGUUCGAUCCAACAGCAGACUUCCACACCUACUCUUUCUUCUGGAAUCAUCGAACUAUCAUCUUUUCAGCUGAUGAGGUUCCGAUUAGAGUGUUCAACAAGAAGGAGAAAAAAGGCGUUCCAUACCCGAAAAAUCAAGGCAUGGGAAUCUACGGAUCAUUGUAGAAUGCAGACGACUGGGCUACACAAGGAGGGAGAGUGAUAGCUAAAUUUAUAUUAAUUUUAAAAAUUGUAUGUCUUUGAGACAACUUCCUUUAUUGUGACCCCAUCUCUUUAACAUCUUCACUAAUU